AAUGGAGCUCCCAGGUGAAUCCAGAACCCACGUCCUCUGAGUGGUGUGUUUUGGAUCUGAAUGAUGGUGUUCUUAACGAUGUCCUCAGGGGCUCUGCUGCUGUUCCUGUUCAUACAGGACACCACUGGUCAUAGCUCAGUCCGGUCAGAUGUCAAUGCCACCUCUCCAACACAGAUGUCGACACCACCGCUCACCCCCCCACCCGGCGUCACAGACAGUAUGUUAUCAACAAUGACGUCCGAUACAACAACAUCAGCAUUAGCCAAUAGUCAAGUCAGAUUGAUCAACGGUCCUAACUCCUGCUCUGGGAGAGUGGAGGUCUACCACAGUGGUAGCUGGGGGACGGUGUGUGAUGACUUGUGGGACUUGAGUGACGCCCAGGUGGUGUGUAGACAGCUGGGCUGUGAGAGAGCUCUGUCUGCACCACGUGAAGCCCACUUCGGACAGGGGAACGGGACAAUCUGGCUGGAUGACGUUAGAUGUACAGGCAGCGAGUCUAAUCUCACAAGGUGCAGUCACAAUGGGUUUGGAUUACACAACUGUGGACAUCACGAAGACGCUGGUGUUAUCUGCUCAGGUGGCAGCAACACCACAGCAGCACCACCGAUCUCCUGGAACACCACAACAGGAACAGCCCGACCAACCAACCAAACAACCACAAUUGCAGGGGCUAGGUCACAGUGGGUGGAGGUGGAACCAGAAGUGAUAUCAUAUCCUGGCCAGACGGUUAACCUGCGGUGUGCCUUCAUAGGAACGCAGGUCAUACAGCUCACACAGGUGUCCUGGGUUUUUGAGUCCAGGAAGGGCGAGAGGCUCAACAUAGCCACGUACCACCCCAAUUUUGGGGUAAUGUACCCCAUGUCACCCCUGAAGGGACGAGUUAGCUUCCCCACGCCCUCCCUCAGCAACCCUUCCAUCCAGAUCUCUGACAUCAGGAUGACUGAUGAAGGGAGAUACAUCUGUGAAUACGCCACCUACCCCAGCGGCAAAGAACAGGGCAUCACCUCCCUCGUUAUACUAGCUCUGUCAACAUCACCACCUUUCUACUGGAACAUCACAACAAUUACACCAGUGACAGCGUGGCAAGAUGCCCCGAUCAGAUUGAUCAACGGUCCUAACUCCUGCUCUGGGAGAGUGGAGGUCUACCACAGUGGUAGCUGGGGGACGGUGUGUGACGACUCGUGGGACUUAAGUGACGCCCAGGUGGUGUGUAGACAGCUGGGCUGUGGGAGAGCUCUGUCUGCACCACACCAAGCCCACUUUGGACAGGGGAACGGGACAAUAUGGAUGGAUGAUGUUGGAUGUACAGGCAGCGAGUCUAAUCUCACGAGGUGCAGUCACAAUGGGUUUGGGAGACACAACUGUAAUCAUGGUGAAGACGCUGGUGUCGUCUGUUCGGAAUCAGAGCGUCCUUCCAACUCAGGCCCAGAGCUGGUGUGUGGUCGGCGCCUCCUAGAGGUGGGUCUCAGCCGGGCUGGUCUGGAGACUGCAGGUCUGAACGCGUUCUCUGCUCACCUGGCCGACCCCCGCUGCUCCUCCCACCAGGAAGCUAACGGCACAGUGUGGUUCCAGGUGGAGCGCAGGGAGGGCAGCUGUGGAAACACCAUGAUGACCAACAGCAGCCAUGCCAUCUACUCCAACAGUUUAUUCAUCUACCAGGUGCACAAUGUCUCCUUCACCCAACCCGUGAGCAUACCUUUCUCCUGUGCCUAUCCGCUAGACACAGAGAGCAGCCUAGAUGUGGCCGUCGCACCCUACCUACCGGUGGAAGGUGGAGUUUCAGGUAUUGGCUCCAAGGCGUCAGCCUCCAUGUCUCUGUACCACAACUCCAACUACACAGAGCCUUACCCUGCGGGUCAGAGGGUCACUCUGCCACUGGGCUCUGUUCUGCAUGUGGGUGUGUCCGUCAACGAGACGGAGACGGAGCGAUUUGUGGUUGUCCUGGACAACUGCUACGCAACUCACUCCCCCAACCCUGAUGACCCUAUGAGAUAUUUCAUCAUUCAGAACAAGUAUUUAUGCUUCUUUAUAGUUUAUAGACUGAAAAAGGCAAAUCCAUUCAGAAAAUGUCCUAGUGAUCGUACCCAGGUGAGGGUGGAGGAGAGUGGCUCAUCACUCGAGGCUCGUUUCUCUGUACUGCUGUUUCUGUUCCAGGGGGACUACCGGGACGUUUUCCUGCACUGCAGCCUCAGCCUGUGUGACCAGAGGAGCUCCUCCUGCACUCCAUUGUGUUCCAGACGAAGGAGAUCCCGUUCCAUCUCCAGUUCCGUCCCCCUUAAUCCCGUCACCAUCGGUCCAAUCAGCUGGACUUGGAGUCUGGACUGAGCCUUGGGAGGUGCUGCAGUGAGCCGUAUCUGUUUCAUUGUCCUUAUACUUUUGAAUGUAUUUUUUCACAUAUCUCUCUGGUUGUGUUUUGUGACUAUUGAAUAUUGUCUUUGUGUUUCAUUGUUGCAGUAAGUAUCCAUACCCAGACAUUCAGCUGUCUUAGAGGUGUUGACCUUUUUCUGCAGCCUUAAAGGCCCAGUGCAGUCAAAACUCUGUUGUUCCGGACUCCCGGGUGGUGCAGUGGUCUAGGGCACUGCAUCACAGUGCUGGCUGUGCCACCAGAGACUCUGGGUUUGCGCCCAGGCUCUGUCGC